AUGGAGGAGGAGGUGCAGCAGCUGAGGGAGCUCAUGGUGCAGCUUAAGGCUGACAAUGAACGGCUGCGGCGGGAGCAGGCAGCCCUCCAGGUGGAUGCUAGCGGUGCCUCAUCUCCUUCGGCAAGCGAUGCCCCGGCGGUGAGUGUUGGCCCUAUGACGGAGCGCUUGGUGGUAAUUCCUAGAGACCGAAGGUGUCCCAUGUUUAAUGGUAAGACUGGCAUGGGAAUAGCCGAGUGGAUAGAAGAGAUGCAGGCGUGUGUGCGUGCCCGCCACCUUGCUGCUGCAGACCAGGCCUUGUUUAUAUUUGAUCAUUUGGAGGGGGAGGCAAAGGAGGAGAUUAAGUUUUGCUCUAGUGGGGAGCGAAGUGACCCAGUCCAGGUUCUUGACAUCCUAAAAGAACUUUAUGGAUGUACGGAGUCUUAUGUCACUUUACAACAAGCUUUUUUUUCUCGACAUCAGCAGGAAGGGGAGACCUUGCAUGAGUUUUCUUUGGCUCUCAUGGCGCUGAUGGACCGGGUAAAGCAGAAUGCACCUGAUGGCGUACCUAAUGCUGGUGUCUGGCUUAGGGACCAGUUCAUUGAGCAUGUCUGUGAUAGCUCGCUUCGCAGGGAACUUAAACAGCUUGUGCGGCAACAACCUAGAGCCACUAUGUUGGAGCUCCGUAGCGAGGCUAUUAGAUGGGAGAGAGAGGGUCUUCCAGGUGGUGGAAGACCACGUAGCUGUUCGUUGCCAUCGGCUUAUGGCCUCCAGUAUGCAGUGCAGGGCCGCCUCCAGCCUGCUCGUCGGAGCAGUCCAUCUGAGCCAACGUUGAGUGAGCUGAUGGAUGUUCUGAAACAACAACAGGAGCAGCUCAAUCAGCUUGCACAGACUGUUGCCUCUCUGCAGGCCCCUCGCCCUCGUGAGCAGGUUCCCCGUCAUGGGUCCCUAAUCUGUCGCCGGUGUCAGCAGCCAGGUCAUUUUGCACGGGAGUGUGAGAAUGAGCGAGCUUUCCCGCGGCGGCAGGGGAACUCUGUGGCGGGACUUAAUCCAGUUGGUGGGGUGGAGGUGACCUGCCUGGUGGACACGGGUUCUAUGGUGUCAACUAUGACAGAAAGUUUCUUUCAGAAACAGUUUGCACCCUGGGGUGGUGAGCGGCUGCAGUCGUGUCAUUGGCUACAGCUACGAGCGGCAAAUGGCUUGGCUAUUCCAUAUAUUGGCUAUUUGGAGCUAGAUGUGGAGUUGUGUGGCAAGGUGAUACCCAGCUGUGGGAUCCUUGUUGUAAAAGACCCCCCUAGUGCUGUUUCCUCCGUCCCCGGGGUUCUGGGGAUGAAUGUUAUUCGCCGCUGUUACCAGGAACUUUUCAGUACAUUCGGUCAGUCCCUCUUUGACUCCACUUCCAUUUCGGAAGCUCCUGGUCCAAUUGUGGCAGCACUGCAGCAGUACCACCAGUCGUCUGCCUCAAUCCAGGGGGACCCUACUCACUCAGUGAGAGUCAGAGGAAGGCGUGUAGUACGCAUACCGGGAGGGGUAAUGAAGUUUGUAGCGGGCACUUGCUCUGAAAAAUUAGCUGGCCAGAAUGUGCUGUUUGAGCCCCUAGAGUCAGGUUUACCUGCUGGGCUCUUGGCCUCCCCAUGCCUCUUACAGGUUGUCCAGGGUACGGUGUACGUCCCAGUGGUUAAUGUGGGGACAACCGAGGUUCUCCUCUACCCACGGACUGGGUUGGGAGUGUUACAUGUGGCACAGGUUGUUAGCCUGCCGGCUGGCGUGGCUGAAGUGGAGUCGGUAACGGCAACAAUUUCAUUGCAAACUGUGGCGGACACUAGGUCAAGCGAACUGGACAUGCUGGAUCUGUCUGUGCUACCAGAAGAGGAACAGGCUAGUGCUAAAUCUUUACUCGAGAAGUAUCGGUCAGUGUUUUCAGCACAUGACGGUGAUUUGGGUUGUACUAGCCUGUUGUCUCACGAAAUCCCUCUGGUGGAUGAUGUUCCGGUCCGGCAGAGGUAUCGGCGCAUUCCUCCCUCAGACUAUGAGGCAGUAAAGGCCCAUAUUCACCAACUUUUGGAGUCUCAGGUAAUCAGGGAAAGUAGCAGUCCAUAUGCCUCACCAAUUGUUUUGGUGAGAAAGAAAGACGGGAGUCUACGCUUGUGUGUGGACUACCGCCGCCUUAAUAGUAAGACCAGAAAGGAUGCUUUUCCCCUGCCUCGCAUCGAGGAGAGUCUAGAUGUGCUGUCCGGGGCACGCUGGUUUUCCACUAUUGACUUGGCUAGUGGUUAUAACCAGGUCCCUGUGGCUGAGAAAGACCGGGCUAAGACUGCAUUCUGCACUCCCUUUGGCCUCUUUGAGUUCAACCGCAUGCCCUUCGGUCUUUGCAAUGCUCCAAGUACCUUCCAGCGGUUGAUGCAGAGGAUGUUUGGUGAUCAGCAGGGUCAGUCCCUGCUACUUUAUUUAGAUGACAUCAUCGUCUAUUCAUCCUCUGUCGCACAGCAUCUGCAGAGACUGGAAAUUGUGCUUGACCGGCUGAAAAGGGAAGGUCUUAAGGCGAAACUGGAGAAAUGUGCCUUCUUUCAGCAGGAGGUGAGCUAUUUGGGGCACAUUAUCUCAAGUCAUGGAGUCUCCACAGACCCGAAAAAAAUUGAGGCGGUAGCCAAGUGGCAACGCCCUCGCCAUGUCUCAGAGCUGCGCUCAUUUUUAGGCUUUGCUAGCUACUACCGGCGCUUCGUGGAGGGCUUUGCUAAGCUAGCUAGUCCCCUGCAUAAAUUGGUGGCUAGCCUGGUAGGCGCCAAGUCAAAAGGGUCACGUCAGGCCCUGGAUGACUUGUGGACACCUCAGUGCGAGGAAAGCUUUGAGGCAUUGAAGUCUCGGCUGGUUUCAGCCCCCGUACUGACCUAUGCUGACUUUUCCUGUCCAUUCAUUCUGGAGAUUGAUGCUAGCCACGGUGGGCUGGGCGCGGUUCUUUCACAAGAGACGGAUCAGGGCGUGCGGCCCGUGGCAUAUGCCAGCCGAGGUCUUCGGCCUCCAGAGCGUAAUAUGUCAAACUAUAGUUCCAUGAAAUUGGAAUUUCUGGCACUAAAGUGGGCCAUGACAGAAAAAUUCAGGGAGUAUCUGUUGGGACACAAAUGCAUUGUGUAUACGGACAACAACCCGCUAAGUUACAUUCAGUCUGCUAAGUUGGGGGCCGUUGAGCAUCGCUGGGUUGCACAACUGGCUGACUUUGACUUUUCUAUAAAAUAUCGUUCAGGCCGUUGUAACAGGAACGCGGACGCGUUAUCACGGCAGUAUGUCCCAGGCUCGCAAGCACUUCCAUCUAGCUUGCCGGGCACCGUGCUCCCCCUUAACCUGCGACAGAGUUCUCCACCACCGUUCUGUGCAGAGGUGAGCGCAUGUCAGUCGCUGGUCUCUGCCCUCCCUGUCCACUCGGUGUCAGAUCUGCGGUUGUUGCAGGGCAGGGAUCCCCUCCUUGCAGAGGUGUGGGCUUUUUGGCAGCGGAAGGCUCCACCUACCCCUACUGAGAGACUGCAGUUGUCUAAAUCAGCUUUGGCUCUGCUGCGUCAGUGGGAGCGGUUGGUGGAGAAGGAUGGGGUCCUCUUUCGCCAGGUAUUUCGCCCAGAUGGGGGGGAAGGAUUUCUCCAGCUCCUGUUGCCCGAAGUCCUUAAAAGGGACGUCCUGACUCAGUUGCAUCAAGAGCAUGGUCAUCAGGGCAUUGAACGGACCACAGAAUUGGUCCGACAGCGCUGUUACUGGCCGGGCAUGUCUUCGGACAUUAAGACAUGGGUCCAGCAGUGUGAGCGGUGUCAGAUUUCCAAGGACUGGGUACGGCCCCGUAGUUUUAUGGGUCAUUUAUUGGCUGGACGUCCUAACGAAGUUCUAGCCAUUGAUUUCACCUUGUUAGAGCCUUCUAGAGGUGGCUUUGAGAAUGUCCUCAUCAUGACCGACGUUUUCAGUAAAUUUACCGUGGCGAUUCCCACACGAGACCAGCGGGCUCCCACUGUAGCCCAGAUUCUGGUCUCGGAAUGGUUUUAUAAGUUUGGUGUUCCGAGUCGUCUGCAUUCUGACCAAGGUCGGAGCUUCGAAAGUUCCCUUAUUGCACAGCUUUGCUCACUUUAUGGUGUUGUUAAAUCUCACACCACUCCCUACCAUCCCGCAGGUAACGGCCAAUGUGAGCGGUUUAAUAGAACUUUGCAUAACCUCCUUCGAACACUGCCAGCUUCGCGGAAAUGUGACUGGGCUUCAUGUCUGCCGCAGGUGCUGUUUUGUUAUAACACUACACCCCAUCAGAGCACUGGGGAGUCACCUUUUUUUCUAAUGUUUGGACAGGAACCUCGUCUGCCAGUAGACUUCCUGCUGGGCUGAGUGGAGAACCCAACCUCUGGUGCGGUACAGGACUGGGUUGCUGAACAUCAGGCCAGAUUGCAGGUCGCAUUUGAGGGCGCUCGGGAGCGUUUGCAGGUCGCUGCUAGCCAUCGAAAGCGGCGACAUGAUUUGCAGGUGCGUGAUGCGCCUCUCCCUGUUGCUCAGAUGGUUUAUCUGAGGGACCACGGAGCAAAGGGGAGGCAUAAGAUCCAGGACCUCUGGAGUCCUGUGGUCCACCAGAUUAUUAAAGCUCCAUCUGGCCAUGGGGCCGUGUAUACAGUAGCUCCUGCACAUGAUCUACAAAAGGUUCGAACGGUACAUCGGGACAUGUUGAAAGCUGUGAUUCAACCUGAACUGGGGACCCUUGCAUCUACGAUCCUGCCCCCCACCAGAGUGGUGGACUUGGAUGGGAGUAACAGCUCCAGUGAAGGCGACGUGUGGCUUCUGGUUUCUGAAAACCCUGUGGUACAUCGGUCAGGCCCCGCAAUAGGUUCUGUGAGUGCAGGGCCUGUCCCUGAAACACAGAGAGUGGGGGGGGAGUCGGUGCCAGCGGAUGAUCAGCCUAGUUCCAGCCAGCAGGCUGUGCGCCGAACUGGUCGCUCAACUGCUGGACACCACUCUAAUGUGUACCAUCUCCCGCGCUCUGUGGAACCCCGGGCCAGACCAGCUCAGGAGCCUGCUAAUCCAGCAAUUUGCACACAGUUUGCUGCCUUUAGGCCCUGGUGUUGA